AAUAAUAAAAAUUUUAUAUUAAAAAAAACACAAAAAUUAGAAAUUACAUUUCAUAUAGUACAAAAACCCAAACCACAUUUAAAAAAAUAAAAAAAAUCGAUUACUCUACAAAACAAAAAAAAAAAAUCAAAAUGAAGGGCGGCACAGCACUUCUGUUAACCUUAUUUUUUGCAACUAUUUGCCUGCAGUUUAACACUGGUGUGGCUGUUGAGAACAAAACUGUUACCAGCAGUCCCGUCGGCGACAUCGAUUACGUAAAAGAUGACUAUUAUUACGAUGAUGAUGAGACAGACGCAGAUGGAGGCGAUGUGGACAAUGAAUAUAUUGAUGAUGAGGAAGAUGACGACGUAGAAUAUGCGGAUGAAGUGGCAAACGAGGCGGCGGAAAUGAAAGCAGCGGAACUGAAAGCAGAACCACCCUAUUUUGAAGAAGCGGAAGUCAAUAUUUACACACGGCCAGGCGAGAAUCUACUGCUCGACUGCGCGGCCAAGAAUAUACAUUCAAAAAAUGUGAUCAUGUGGUAUAAGGGUAAAAUAGUGAUCGCAACCGGACAAUUCGUUAUGGAUCCCAAUGUGGAUGUGCUCAAGAAUAAUUCGCUGGUGAUACAGAAUGUGACCGCUAAGGAUGCCGGCGACUAUUACUGCGAAGUGCUGCCUGAGAAGGUGCGCAUGCAUGCGCUGGUCGAAGUCGAUGAAAGUCUAAUGAUAUUCUGUGAUGGCCAUGAGGUAACCAAUGAGACUUUGGUGUUUGUACAGGGUGAACCACACGUCUGUGUAUGCAAAUACUAUUCGCUGGAAAAUGUGCAGAUCAAAUGGUUUAUCGAUGGCAAACGCGCCGAAAGUUUGGUCGAACGUGUGCUAGGCGAGGAGCUCUACAUUGACAAUGCAGAUACCAAACAUGGUGGCAUCUACCAGUGUCUAGCCGAUGAUCUGUCACAAGAACCGCCGCAUGCCAUGAUCGUUGUCGAUGUUGUUUACGUGCCGAAGGUCUCCACUUAUCGGCAUUAUGUCAAUACGGAACAGGGUGGCAAUGCCGAGUUGUAUUGUGACUAUGCGGCAAAUCCGACUGGUGAAGUGUUGUGGCUGCGUAACGGUAAAAGGCUGAAUGCCUCGCAUAAAUAUACAUUCAACGAGAUCGCACAUAAAGAACGCAAACGUUCGAUCUUAACCGUUAUGGAUGUGAGCGCUAGCGAUCUUGGCGAGCAUGUAUGUCAAGUGCAGAAUGCCAUCGGCCGUGGCGAAACGAAAGUGCAUAUCAUUUACGAGCCGGAACAUCCACAAUUGGAGGACUUGGAAGUCAAAGGUAACCAAGCGGUGAUACAUUGGUUGGUGCGCAGCAUACAGCCGUUAUCGGAGGCGGUGUUGGAUUAUAAACUGGCGGGCUCAUACACUUGGAGCAAGGUAUCUGUGGUGCAUACACGCCGCCAUGCGGAAAGUCACAUUUGGAAGGUGACUCACGAGAUGGAACUCACGCCGGGCAGUUGGCAUGUGCGUAUGCGCGCGAAAAAUACCGUUGGCUGGUCGGCAUUUUCCACGCAGCAUGAUUUCGUAAUUAAAGAUAAUGAAAGUGAUGUGGAUGCUUACGAUGUGCUCGAUGGUGUCGACGACGAUGCUGAAGAUGGCUUGGAUACAGCUGGUGCGCCGAAAAAUGUGGUCGCUGUGGCUAGCUUUGGCGGUGGCGGCUCGAAUGGCGGCGCAGCAUUGCAAGUGGCAAACAAAUUAUUUGCGCUGCUGAGUGCCGGUAGCAUGUUUUUGUUGUUGUUAUGCUCAAAAAAUGGAAUUUUAUAAAACAUUACCAAAGUGUUUGGGAUAAACUAGUGGUUAGUUAUGUGCAUACAUACAUGCAUACGUGUUUAUGUGUUGCGUUUUGUGCAUUUGUGUAGAUAUGUAUGCAAAGAAGGCAUGCAUACACACAUGCAUGCAUAUGUAAAUACAAUAUUUAUUUGCUUGCAUAACUGUAUGUUGUAAAUUUUUGUGUAUUUUUAUUAUAUAAUAUUAUUUAUGUCAAAACUAUUGGUGCCAAACAUAGAGUUAGUCAAACAACACACACACACACACACACACUAUAUAAAAGCAAGGAACGAGUCACAAAUAAAUAUUCUAAAUAUUUAUGUUACAAAUAGUGAUAAAAUUAUGAGCUAAGCAACAUAAGCGUUAUCUAUUAGUUAAAAAUAUUCUUCCAAAAAUUUUUAGGUUAAAAAAAAUAAUGAAAAUAAGAAAAAUAUUUCAAAAAUAUUAAUUAAAUAAUAAAAAAUUUUAAUUUUAAAAUCAAAUUUGAAAAAAAAUAUUUAAUAUAAUUUUUAUUAAAUAUAUUAUUUUUUAAUUUAAUUUUUAAUUUCAUUUUUAUUUUCAUUUUUAGUUCAAAAAACUCUUUUUGUUUGGCGAAAUUUUAAUUUUUUAAUUUUAAAUUUGUUUAACCAAAAAUUAUUAUCUUUGUUAUUUUUUCAAAUAAAAAAAAAUUAAAAAAAUUUAAGUUGAAAAAAUUUUAAAUUUGUUUAAUGAAUAAAAAUUAUUUUAAUUAAUUUUUUUGUCUGAAAAUUCCUUUUUUUUGUAUUUAUAAUCAAAAAUUAUAACAUAUAUGUAUGUACAUAUUAAGUUUUCAAUAGAAAAUUUAAAUUUUGCAAAUUUUUUAAACAAAAAUUGAUUUUGUUUGUGUUUUUAUUUUGAAACACAGAAUCAAAAGUAAAAUCAGGUAAUAAGUUGUGGACAAAAUGUAUGUUGAAGAAGUAAAAACAAUUAAUAUAAGAAUAUAUUUAAUUAACUAUGUUUGUUAAUAAUUUAAAUUGAAUAAACAUGAAAAGCAAAAUAAAGAAAUAUAAUAUAAAGUUUUAAAAGCCUUCUUUCAAGUCAUUGUUCAAGUUUCAAGAUCAUUAAGAAACAAAGAUUCCGAAUUUAAAAUUUAUAAUUAAAUUUGUUUUUUUUUUUUGCUUCAAUUUUUAAAUAAAAAUAUUUUUCUUUUCAAUUUUAAAAUAAAAGUACAUUUUUCAAAAAUAAGUAAAAAUUAAAAUUAGAAUAAAUUCAACAAAUUUUAACUUAAUUUAUUAAAUAUUAAAAAUCCAAAAAAUAAAUUUAAAUUAAAAAAAAUGUAUUAAAACGUUGUAAAAUUAGUACGAACUGUAUUUCUUUAAUGUAAAAAAAUAUUUUUUUUAGUUUUUUUGUUGUUUUUAAUAAAAAAUAAUUUAUUUAUUUUUUUUUAAUUUAAUAUUCUUUUUAUUAAUUUUUGUUUUGCGGGUAAAAAUGGUUAUUAAAUAUUAAAAAUGUAAAAUUUUUAAAAUCCAAACUUUUUAAAGAGAACAUUUUUUUAAUUUUUUUUUGUUUUUAAUAAAAAAAAUUUAAUUAAUUUUUAAAUUAAUUAAAAUUAAUUAAUUUAAUUAAUUUUUUUUUUAAUUUACAAUUUUUUUAAUAAUUUUUUUUGCGUCAAAACCUGUUUCGUGCAGUUAUAAGUUGAGAAUAUAAAAACAAUUUUUUAACAGGAAAUAUUUUUUAGUUUUUUUUUUUUGUUUUUUUUAAUAAAAAAUAUUAAUUAAUUAAUUUUUUUUUUUAAUUUAAUAUUUUUUGAUUAAUUUUUUUGCGGGUAAAAUUGGUUAUUAAAUAUUAAAAAUGUAAAAUUUUUAAAAUCCAAAAAUUGAGAAAAAAUACUGCAAUGUUUUUUAUUUUAUUUUCUUUAUAUUUUUUUUAAACUAAAAAUGUGUGUUUUUGUUUCGUUCAAAAUUAAAUGUAUUAUUUUAUUAAAAAAUUUCUAAAAGCUUAUUUUUACUGUCAAAACUUUUUAAAGAGAACAUUUUUUUAAUUUUUUUUUGUUUUUAAUAAAAAAAAUUUAAUUAAUUAAUUUUUUUUUUAAUUUACAAUUUUUUUAAUAAUUUUUUUUUUGAGUCAAAACCUGUUUCGUGCAGUUAUAAGUUGAAAAAAUAAAAACAAUGAAGAUGUGAGUAAAUUGAAUUAUGUUAUAUAUAUGUUUUAAUAAUUAAAAAUUAUUAAAUAGUUAAAUUAAAAUUAAAAAAAUUGUAAAAUUUAAAAAAAUAAUGUAUGCAUGUUAUUUUUUUAAUUUUAAAAUAUUUUGCUUCAUUAAAAAAAUAUAUUGAAUUUAAAUCUUAGAAUUAACUUUAUUUUGUUUAAAUUUCAAAGUAAAAAAAAUGCAAACUUAAAUAUAAAUAUAUAAAAAAAAUUAAAAAAAAAAUAUUGUAUAAAUUAAAAAAAGUAUAAUAGUCGUUACUUUUCUUCAUUAUUUUUUUUUUUUGAAUUUAAAUUCUUUUAAUUAACUUUUUUGUUUGAAUUCCAAAAAAAAAAAUUUAGCUGUAUAACCUUCUUCUAAAAUUGUGCCAAAACUUGCUUCAUACAUUUGUAAAUGAGUACCCUACACCUCACCUAAGUUAUUAAUAAGGCCAGUAAAAAUAUGCUUUCUGACAAAAUGUCAUAAAAAUUUAAAAAAAAAUUUACUAAAACAAAUAAAUGUUGAUUAAAAAAAAAUUUAAACAAUCGGUAUUCAAAAAAGAGAAAAAGUUGAAAUGAAGAAACUAAUAAAUUACUAAAUAAAUAAAUGUAUAUUUUUUCGCUUGGUACUCUGAAAACUAUGUAUGUAGGUAUCUUUUUUUUAUUUUAUUAUUGUUAUAAUUUUUAUUUAUUUUUUAUUAUUUUUUUCGUUGAUUUUUGAGAAUGGAUAUCUCGUAAACAUUUAACCUCAUCGAAAUAUUAUACUAGACCAAUUUAUAGAGCAAUAAAUUUCUUAUACAGCUUUGACUUUUGCAAUUUAAAUAUUGAUUUUUUUCAUUCAGAAGAAAAGAAACAUUUGCCCUAAAAUAAUGAAAAUUUUACUGUUAACAUGUUACGAUUUCAAUUUUCUAUAAGAUCUAUAAAACGUGUUAUUUUUUCAAGUAGUAAUUGAAAGCGAUAUAUGAUUUUUUCUAAUUGUUAAGAAGAAAAUAGAAAACUGUUAGCCCAGCGGGUUACAAUUAUAAGCUCAUACUUGGAGAGACUUGCUUUGAGAUGUUUAAAACCUCAUUUUUCAGAGAACCAAGUGAAAAAUAAUAUUGGUUGGUUUAACCCACCCUAAUAUAUAGUUAUAUAUCUAUUUGAAAAACACCGAAAAACUCAAACGAAGAAUCAAAUAUAAUCGCUUUAAGUGUCUUUAGCUAUUAAGAUUGUUAGCAAAAGUGGUUUGCUAGUAAAAAAAAUUAUUGCACAAAAUUUCAAAAAACUUAAUUUUUAAAUUUUUUUAAUUUUAUCAAAUUUUUUAAUUUAAAAAAUUUUAAUUAUUAAUAAUCUACGAUUUUUAAUUGCUCAAAAGUAGAUGUAAUUUUUAACUUUUUUAGAUUGCUCAAAAAUUACUUUUAAAUUUAUUUCUAAUAAAUUACUAAAAAUAAUUUAAGACAAAAACUGCAGCGCUUAGUCUUCCAAAUACCAAAAAAAACAGACAAUUUUUCAAAGAAAAACCAGCUAAAAUCAACUUAAGUCAUUUUAGCAGCUAAUUAAAAUUCCUUGCAACUUAGCUUGCUACAAAUAAUUUGAAAAUUAUAAAAAAAAAAAUAAAUAAAAAUAAAAACUUUAAGCAGCCAACCCUAUAAAUUUUAAAAUAUAGAAAAAGUAUAAGGCCGAAGCAAGCCACUACAAGAUUACGCUUUAGUCUCAUUUUAAGUCAUUUUAGCUGUUAAGUGAGAUGCUGAGAAUUUCUAAUAUAUAUG